ACCAUGAGUAAGGUCGUGUCAGCCGUUGAAUCUCCUCCUUCAUCAGCUCAGAGACUCAAAGAUCACCCCAAAGCUUUCGCAUCCACUAACGUCAAAGGUGAUGCCUCAAUGCUCAUUGGAAGAACCCCACUUGUAUUUCUCAACAAAGUGACCGAAGGAUGUGGAGCUUAUAUUGCAGCCAAACAAGAACAUUUCCAAUCUACUUGUAGCAUCAAAGACAGACCCGCUUUAGCCAUGAUUGAGGAUGCAGAGAAGAAAAACUUAAUCACCCCUGGAAAAACAACAUUGAUAGAGCCAACUUCAGGAAACAUGGGAAUAAGUUUGGCUUUCAUGGCUGCAAUGGAAGGAUACAAGAUUAUAAUAACGAUGCCUUCUUACACAAGCUUGGAGAGGAGAGUGACGAUGAGAUCCUUUGGUGCAGAGCUUGUCCUUACUGAUCCAACCAAAGGAAUGGGUGGAGCUGUUAAGAAAGCUAAUCAACUCCUUGAGACCACUCCCAAUGCUUUUAUGCUGCAACAGUUUAACAAUCCAGCAAACACCCAGGUUCAUUACGAUACAACUGGUCCUGAGAUUUGGGAAGAUACACAUGGGAAUGUCGAUAUAUUUGUGAUGGGAAUUGGCAUUGGAGGUACAGUCACUGGUGUUGGGAAAUACCUUAAAUCUAGAAACCCCAGUGUUAAGAUAUAUGGAGUGGAGCCUACUGAAAGCAACAUACUCAACGGCGACAAACCAGGUCCACAUGAGAUCACCGGCAAUGGGGUUGGAUUUAAACCGGAUAUAUUAGAUAUGCAUAUUAUGGAAAAAGUACUUGAGGUUAGUAGUGAGGAUGCUGUAAACAUGGCUAGAGAAUUGGCACUGAAAGAAGGUCUCAUGGUUGGGAUAUCGUCGGGGGCUAACACCGUGGCAGCAAUAAGACUAGCAAAAAUGCCAGAGAAUAAAGGAAAAGUCAUUGUUACGAUUCAUCCAAGCUUUGGAGAGAGAUAUUUGUCGUCUGUUCUGUUUGACGAGUUGAGGAAAGAAGCAGAAGAAAUGAAGCCAGUUUCAGUGGACUGAUUUGGUUUAGUUUGAUGAAGAUAAUCGUGGAGUAGGGACCAAAAUAUUGCGACAAAGCUCACAAAAUAAAGAACGAGUGAUUGUAUUAUGCUUGUUUUCGAGAUAGUGAACUUUGUUUUAAAGUACUUUUAGUCUUGAUUGUUUCUUUUAAUAAUAAAGCCUAUGGCAUGAACUAUCCU